CUUCAGUCUGCAUCCCGAUCGGCCCGGAUAAGCGCUCUUAUCCUGGCGCCGUACCUUGGAACAGGCAGACACACGUGACUGGUUCAUUGGCCUGGCAACCAGCCGCCGCUCUCCUGCUUCCACGCUUAACGCGUUAAGUGGGACACGAGAUCUUGUGACUUGGAGCUCUGGCCGUCGCUUGCUUGUCACUUGUCAGUGAAUCAAUAGUUUCACUGUUCCGCUCAGCCACCACCAAGGCCACAGCUCCCCUGAAGAGCAGGCUUCAACACACCAGCACAAGCAAGCAAAACUAUAAAGCUAUCUAGGUAACUCCAAAUGCCGUCCUCGACGUCCUGUCGUUGUGUCUCUCUCCUCUCCCGUGGCUCGUCCCCUUCCUGGAGGCCAUGGUUUUCAAGCGCCAUACCACUCCCCUGCACUUCGAAACCCUGCCUGCGCUACCCUCAGAGCUGCUGAGUGAGUUUUCUGAUAGCGAUGAUGGGUUGGAUGAUGCUGCUCGAGCUGCAAAACGAAGGAAAAUUGAAAGGCUUGGCCAGGACUACCUGGAGGGAAAGCCUUUGUUUAUCUUAUCCGCUGGUUUAAAAGGCCCCUUGGAUAACGGAUGGAUGAACCCUUGGAAGAGGAAUAGGGGAAAGGACAAGAAACCACAACGAGGAGCAUCGUUAUGGAAGCAAGGUAGGCAAAAGGACUUCAGAAAUGGCAUAUCGAAUUCUGGAAUGGUCUCAUCCGAGGCUACGUCAAAACCCCUCGAACGCCGCAUGAAGCCUUCUCCCCAAGUUCUUCGUCAGGGGAGCGGCUUUGAAUCUUCUCUCGACCUAGAGCCUGUGCAAGCACAGCGAUCCGAUCAGCGGCAAAGGAAGUCGGGUAGUAGGGGCAGAGGACAACUCGAAACGGAUAUCUUUAGCGCACGAAAAACCCCUUCAAAUAGUAUAUUCUCAAAACCACGAGCAGUAUCCGCCCGAGUUAAUUCAACAACAGCCGAACAAGCUCCUCGGUCUGUAUCCGCGUCCACAUCACAUCGUUUUUCAGUUGACAGCAAUAAUAGUUGGUUGAAGACGGACGAGAAGAGACUACACCCACAAGCUUAUGAACGUCCAACCGGCUCCAGUCCAACCCCUGGCUAUCGCUUGCGCUCUCCUGCGAAACUUCAGCAGGAUGGAGGAUUGCAACACAAUAGCAAAAGGCCGAGGGUGGAUGAUUUUAUUGGUGAUAACAACAAGAACUACACACCUCCUCGCAUUUCGUUUACGCCUAUCAACGGACAUGGAGCGUUGGCCCCCUCGUCACAUAAAACUAUUAGAGAACCUCGCCGUGAAGACCCUCACCAAUCUAGGAAGAGCUCAAAGUCGCCGGGUGGCCGCUCGCGCUUCUCGAAACCCGGGAAACCAGCUUCUGCGUUCACAGGAAUUCCCAACCGUAAUGAAAAGGAAGUGGUUCAUGUGAAGAGGAGCUAUAAGUCAUCUACGAUUAUGCAACCCUCAGGAUCCCUUCAAGUUGUACCUUCUACUACAGACCAUUUCCUAGAGUCCGAAUAUCCGCACCCUGGCAAACCGGCAUCUAGCGUGGAUACAAUUUCAAACUCCAAUGGCAAUGUCGAACAUUCCAAACGUCAUCGAUCUCAGGUAUCUCGAGAUAAAGCUCAACCGGAAAGCAAAGAUGAGAAUCCAAACAACAAUAAUAAUAGCUCCCACACUUUGCCGCUAGAUCCAACCCCUAAUGGAACGCAUGGCUUGCAAGACAACCUGCAAACUCUGAGCAACAUGACAGCGUCAGAAGGCCUACCCUCCGCUCAAAUAGUCCCAGACUAUUUCAAGUUCCCAAUCCCGACUAUGUCUCUCCAUUCCACGUAUUUUUCGGCAGGCUACCCUAGUAGUGCUAGACGUAGUCAGAACGGCGGAUAUGAGGAGCAGGUAUCGACUCUGGCAAUACAGGUUACGAAAAAGGCACAAACUAAUAACUCCUCGAAGGUAGUUGUAACUGGCGAACCAGCCAAGCCCUCACAUCUAUCCGACACCAGCAUUUCGAGUCGGCAGGCGAACAACCACAGCCAAGAUGCCAUCACGCCAUUCGAUUUUAGCAUGGUUAAAAGGAUAAAGCCCGGGAGAAGAUCUGAAGCAGAAGCGGAAGCAAUAGUUCCGCCUGGUAAAGGAAAGGACGAACAAAAGGAAGGACGAAUCCGAGCUAGAAAUUCAGACAUCCAGAAUGAUUCUUCAUUAUUCUCCUCGCGCCCUCGAAACCAGGCACCAUCAUUCUCACUCUCGCAAAAAUCUACAUCUAGUCGACGUCAUCGCGAAAAUAGCUUCGCCAACGGGUCUACCUCUACCAAUGCUCACAAAUGUACCGCUUUACCUCCACCCUCCCUUCCAAACCGCCCUUCCAACACAUCCAGCACCAACAUCCCGGUCGCGCCACCUGGCGAAGCACAGAGCCAUGACGCGGAUUCCACGAUCCUCCCCUUCAACCUAACCGCUUCCACAAACGACACACGGCAGUACCAAGAGGGCCAGGGCCACGCACCGGGCUGGGAUAAUUUCGACCUCAGCCAGGCGAUUGCGGACGCAGGAACGUUUUUGGGGAGCUGGGAUUUUGAGAAGGUGGAUCUUGAGAGGAUUAACCACAGUAAUAGCGUGAAACGCCUUAACAGCAUCACCAACAUGGGGAAUAGGAAUAGCCGUAACACCAAUGAAAAUAGCCAUGGCGCCGGUGCUAGGAAUGGCUAGGAGUGGGAUACCGCUGCGGUCUCCUUCGCUAGGCCCAAAAUCGCAGUCGAUGCUGAGGUCGAAUAUGCCUCGACUGUGACAAGGGUGGGAAUUUCCCCGUUUCCUUUACUCUUUUGCUUAACAUUUAGUCGUUGGAGGAGCUCUAUAUCUAUUUCCAAGUUUUCUGUUGAGUUGAGUUUGUUUUAUUGGCGAUAGAGCGUUGAGCACACGUGCUGUAUAGAGUCUACAUAUUAACGCAUAAGAUUGCAUAGCGUAGCAUAUACCAAUUAAUAAGUCAAUAUUGAAGAGUUCCAGGGAAGAAAGAUUUGGGGAGCGUUGGUCUCCUUGCACGGAUUUAUCAGAUCUUUUUUUUACUUUUUUCAUCCUUAGUUACAUAUAUUUAAACAAUUGCUUCUUCAACAUCAUCCCA